ACGGAUACCCAAUCCCCGUAUUGUUAUCGCACUUUCGUCGCAACUUCGUCCCCUUUCGCAGCCGCUGAAAUCACAUUUGGGAUCGGAUCUAAGCGGAGGAGGAAGCGAUGUAUCAUCCUUCUAGAGGAGGUGUUCGAGGCGGUCGAGAUCAAUUCAAUUGGGAUGAUGUGAAGGUUGAUAAGCAUCGAGAGAAUUAUCUUGGUCACAGCGUUAAAGCUCCUGUUGGCCGAUGGCAGAAAGGGAAAGAUCUAUCCUGGUAUGCUCGGGACAAGAAAUCUGCCAGCUCAGAGAUGGAUUCCGUUAAAGAAGAAAUCAGAAGGAUCAAAGAAGAGGAAGAGCAGGCUAUGCGAGAAGCGCUUGGCUUGGCUCCUAAGCGAGCUGGUCGGCCUCAAGGCAAUCGGUUGGAUAAGCAUGAGUAUGCAGAGCUUGUAAAGAGAGGAUCUACUGCUGAGGAUCUGGGUGCUCAGCAUGCUGAAGCAAUUGUAAUACAAGGGCUUGGCGUGUAUAAGGCACCUCGUAAUCAACCUGAGCUGAGCACUCUUCCAGAAACAAUGAACAUGGCUCCUAGUAAGAAUGAGCAAACUCCAAUUAGCCAAAGUGAUGAAGAUCUUUCAGUUGACAAAAGCAAAAAAAGGCACCGGGAAGAAAAAAGUGAAAGGAGACACGACAGGAGUAGAGAUAAACGGAGAGGCGAAGAGAGAGGAGAUGAGGAAAGAAAACAUAGGAAGCACCAUGAGAAGAAACAAAUGCGUGAUUCGGACCACAAGAGAGAGCACCAUAACAGAAACAAGGAGAAGAGAAGGCAUGAUUCUGAUUGAUCCGUAUGGGUUCUAAUGCCCAGAGAAGGUAUGAUUCUGAUGGAUGUGGGUUGUGCCAGUGAUCAUGAAAUCUGUAUUCUCGUUUUCAUGUACUAUUGCUCUAGGAAAACUAAGCUUGUUUGAAAGAGGUUAACGCUUAACCUCAAAAUACGUGUUGAUUAUGUCGGCGUGUCAUUUGGGUUUCUCGCGUUUCUCUCACUCCGUGGACUUGCAUUUUGACUGAUACCAUCGAUCUUUGUCUUCGGCCAACACUUGAUUCCUUCAGUGUAAUUAAAGUUGGGACUUGUAAUGGUUUGAUCUUUGAAUUUCUCUGCUACGACUUUGUCAUCAA